AUGUCCUUCUCCAAUCUCGUUCAUGAUCUUGCUAUUCGCGAUGGAAUAACGCCACGUCAACCUCGAGCCACUGCUUCGGCCUCUACUGUCGACGACCGAGCCUCCCAUAUCUCUAGGGCCAUGUCCUACGCGAGCACGGCAGCCACUAGCGUGAGCAUUGCCGGCGAUAUUUCUAGCCAACUUCAUGGCGGUUACCACCAUCCUCUUGCUAGAUCAUGGCAAGCUGAACGACAAUUGACUAAGUCAAUGUUAAUCUACCCUCUCUUCAUUUCAGACAUCGAGGACGACGAAACUCUUAUUCCUUCUUUACCAGGCCAAUACCGCCGCGGUGUCAACAAAUUAGUCCCGUUUCUAGAACCAUUGGUACGAAAGGGUCUCCGGUCAGUCAUCCUUUUCGGGGUUCCACUCAAACCCGGUACCAAAGACGCAUUAGCGACAGCUGCCGACGAUCCAAAGGGCCCGGUCAUCCAGGGUAUCCGAUUGUUGCGACAACGAUUUCCUCACCUAUUUAUCGUCGUCGACGUCUGCCUCUGCGAGUAUACCUCCCAUGGUCAUUGUGGAAUCCUCAGAGAUGACGCCACCUUGAACAAUCAAUUGUCGGUGGAUCGAAUUUCCGACGUUGCCAUGGCCUACGCCCAAGCCGGUGCCCAUUGCGUCGCACCAUCCGACAUGAAUGAUGGCCGUAUUCGGGCUAUUAAACUUAAGCUCAUUGAGGAGGGAAUUGCGCAUAAGACUCUAUUAAUGUCAUACGCCGCUAAAUUUUCUGGUUGUCUCUAUGGCCCCUUUAGGGAUGCCGCCGGUUCGGCACCUUCAUUUGGCGACCGAAGAUGUUACCAGCUGCCACCUGGAGGGCGUGGGCUUGCCCGACGAGCCAUAGUCAGAGACAUUGGCGAGGGAGCUGACAUUAUUAUGGUGAAGCCGGCCGCCCAGUACCUUGACAUUAUCAGUGACGCGAAGGAGCUAGGCAGAGAUCUUCCUAUUGCUGCCUACCAUGUUAGCGGAGAGUUCGCGAUGGUGCAUGCCGCUGCGAAGGCCGGAGUAUUCGACCUUAAGACGAUGGCAUUCGAAGUCACCGAGGGAAUACUCCGAGCUGGCGCUACGAUCAUCAUCAUCAGCUACUUCACUCCUGAAUUCCUCGACUGGUUAGAUAAUUAA